AUGUUUUCCCUCAUUUCAAAUUUUCACAUAAGCGAUGCACUGUCCUCGCCGACAUCCAUUCUCUACUCGGGGACUCUGUUGAACCAAGCAUAUGCUAUUUUGAUCAACUUCCCUAGGGCCAGCAAUGGCUUUGCAUAUCCUGGCCAUUUCGCCGCACUCGCUGUCUUCAGUGGUGCCAGUACUCUUCUCUCUUCGCCUUUGUUGUUGCCCGCUUCAACCUCCAGCCCUCUGCAGAUGAUUGGCAAUACGCUCAUGACCAUGAGCGUCUCGCUGUUCAGCUGGACAGCAUACACAACACAGAGAGGACGACUCCCGGCCAUCUUUGGUGGCAAGACCCCAGACUUCAUCAUCGAUUAUGGACCAUUUGCCUACGUCCGCCAUCCUGCCUAUACUGCUUACCUCCUGGGCUGGACUGGAGUCCUUACUGCUCUUGCAGCUAGGGACGAUGCUGACUGGGUGGUUCCGGCCCUGGCUGCAUGCGUUCUGGGCAUUGCGGGUGUCUAUUGCACUGGCGUACACAUGGAAGAGACGCAGAUGCUGUCAGGCGAAGAGAACGACGGAAAGGUUGACCUCAGCAAGAGGUACAAGGAGUACAUGGGCAAAGUCAGAUUUCGAUGGCUUCCCGGUCUCAUUUGA